UUUAUCAAGCCAACCACCGCGGGCACGGGCACAGGAUACGCGCUCAUGAUAAACAGGGACCAGCCGAAGGAGGUCAACCUGAUGGUCUCGCACGCGUGGUCUGAGAACGCCGAGGAAUUCCUGGAGACCUGCAUCUGGUACGCCUCCGACACCGACGCGAUGUUCAUAUGCGCCCUGGCCCUCUACCAGGUCGGGGACGCGUCUGGGCCCACGGUCGAGGAGCAGCUGGGCGACGGGCCCUCUGACAGCCCCUUCUUCCGAGUGCUGAAGCACAUCCGCGACCGGGGCCGCCGCCUGGGCCCACUCCGGGUGAUGUUGGAUGGCUCGGGCGAGGCGCGCAUGUUCUCGUGGGAGUGGCAGUGGGUCGACCUUCCGGACGACACGUCGGGCAGCUCUCGAGCUGGGCUUCUGCUCCUCACGGCCGCCCUCGCCUGCCAGUGCCUCAAGAGGCUGACGUGCAGCGGCCACGUGGUGGUCGUGCCGAACAGGGAGUGCGACAUCUACACUCGGCUCUGGUGCGUCUAUGAGAUUUUUGUCGCUCGAGAGCGCACGGGCGUUCCCGUUGCCCUCGGGCACACCUUCGCCUCCGCGGGAAGAUGUAGCUCCCGGGAGGCGACCUGCGGCAAGCCAGUUCAGCCAGGGGACCCCCCUAAUGCAGACACUGUCCGCAUCACGAAGGAGAUCCUCGACGCCGGCGGCGACAAGGAGCACGACCGCAUCGAUCGGGCCGUCUUCUUGACGACCCGCGCCAUGUAUUUCAGCGCGGCUUUCUGGGCCCUGUGGUUCACGGCGCUCGUGGGCACCUUCUGCGCCGCGGAGUGGCACCUGCGAGCCCCCGAGAUCGGGGCCGGGGCGGUAGUGGGGGACCUGCUCGCGUGCGCCGUCUGCGGCUGUACCGUGGUAUCUCGCGCGUUGUUCGCGUGCACCAGAGCACAGGGGCGCCUCGCUCCGAAGGCUGUCGCGGUGGCCGUGCUUCCCCUGUUCUUAGGCGCCUGCGCGCUCACCUUCGCGAGUUUCGUUGCCAGGGUGGCCUUGACGGACGAGGGGAAGAUUCGUGAGAGUUUCGGCUACACGCUCUUCGCCUCCUUCUGUGGGAACGGUGCCAGCUUCCUCAUGGCUGGCUGCGCGAUUGGUUUCAUGGGCAUUGCGGCUGCUGCGGUGGCACAUUCGCUCCCCAACGCCCUCGUCGGCUUCGCGAUUCGGCGGCCCGCGGCGUUUUGCUUGCUGACGUCCACGCCGCUGGUGUUGCUGCACGUCAUAGUGUUCAGGACUCGGAUGUCGCAGCUUCGUGACCUCUACGCGGCGCUCGUGUUCCACACGGCGGGCGUCAUCGGCUAUUUUUUCAUCUCGGUCGGCCUUUCGUGGUGGAUCCUCGUGCACGAGUGGGGCGUGAGGGCUGACCUCAGUUAUUAA